AACCACUAGAGAGACAUGCCAUGGACGCGUCCCAUGGCUUCAAGGACCCUCAGUCGCUCAGCUUCCAACGUCCAAUCAUCCGAAGGCUCAUACUAGGUUCCUACUGGGUUGUUAUCCUCUUCGCGAUACCUUUCUGGUGGCGCCUCACAAGCAUUGAACGCAUCGCACUUCCCUCCAGUCGUGUCCAUGCUCAGUUAGAGAAGCGACCUGUAUUCCCGGUGAACGUGCAACUUGAUGGGUCUAGUUUUCAGGGAAGAGCGCCUGUUUUAGCAUCAGAGUUGAGCGACCUCCUGGCACAAUCCACGCGCACAUCUGCUAGGUGGAGUGACCUAGACAUUCACGUUACCAUCGAUCAAAACCCAGCCGUAGACAAUCAGACGGCCCGCAGUGUAUAUACCAUUGCGCUCGGCAACGUCACCGUAGUUCGGCAUCCACGACACUUAAUUCUGAGCCAACAUGAUGCCUCGUCUGCUGCGAAGAUAGCUGAUAUACUGAUGGGACUUCUGGCACCGGAAGCUCCGUCAAGGGUGCAGCGCGUCGUGCAAUACGCCAAGCGUUAUCGACUUGCGUUCACCUUGCUUAACGAAGAUGUCACAUCGGACGAGCUCAUUUACAACUGGGAUAUUCGUGCAGCUCUUGCAGGAAAGUGCCGUUGCAUAUGCAUACACAUCCCCCUGGCUGAGAUAGUUUCAGACCAUAUUUCCCCCGUGCUGUCGCGGCUAAAUGUCAUCCAUGACUUCGUGAUAGAGAGCCAGGUCCAGUUCCAUGCACCCCUGGCCUUUGAACCUAUGCAGAGUGUUUCUGAAAAUAGCACCUUCUACGGACUCACACCUGGGGAUCUCACCGUAUUUGUAAAUUCAGCUGAAUGGACGUUGUCUUCAAGUGUCUCCGAAGAUCCGGUGCUCCAUUUCCUCUUAUUUAUACCUUCCUCAUCUCGACAGCCACUUCAUAUACUAGAUAUGCAAGGGUCUCCCACAAGGCGUGCCGUGUUCCUUCUACCGCAGUGGGGCGGAAUAUACAUCCUCAAUCACCUUAAACACGUUGGUACAAGGAAACACUUGACCGCUGUGGAUCUGUCGCCCGUCUUCUCAGCCUUCGCCAAUCAACUCUCCGCCUUAUUAGGUGUUUCAGAUCUGCCCCAUGGUGUGAAGUCCGAGAGCCCUUCCACCUUGAGUGACUGGCAGCUUGACACCGUCCUCCGUCACCGCGCACUAGAGAACAUUGUUGGGACGCAACAGACACUUCACAGCAUUGUGAAACUGGUGGAUCAAAUCGAAAGCAUGCCCGUGGACGAGACCGUGAGGGGGGACGUACAAAAUGCCCUCACAGCCUUAGAUCAGGCAUACCGAACCACGGCAGAACCUCCACUUACCAUAUUGCAUUGGUCCCGUGAGGCACUGUCCUUGGCAUCGCAUGCCUUUUUCAAUCCUGGUAUGCUGGCGCUGCUGUAUUUCCCUGCAGAGCACAAAUACGCGGUGUAUACUCCCCUGUUUGCGUCUAUCGCAGUGCCUCUGAUUGUUGCCCUGGGUCGAGAACUUCACGCGUGGAGGCGAGAGCAUCGAGCGACCGCAGGUAACUAAAAUCGAUCUUCGUGUACCGUAUCCAGUUCCAGAUAGAAUAUGUACCAUAUCGUUCAAAUUAACAAGCCAUAGUGUAAUAAUCCGGAUGAUGCAUGCUCGCAGAGCAACUUUGACC